GUUGGUAAGGGUGCCGGCGGAUCUGUCCGUUUAAUUCGCAGACACACAGACAACAAGACCUUUGCUGUCAAGCAGUUCAGAAAGCGAUUGCCUGCCGAAAACGAAAAGGAAUACGUUAAAAAGGUCACUGCCGAGUUCUGUAUCGGAUCCACUCUUCACCACCCCAAUGUCAUCGAGACCCUGGACAUCAUCCAGGAGGGCUCUACAUUCUAUGAAAUCAUGGAAUUCGCACCCAACGAUCUAUUCAACGUUGUCAUGAGUGGCAAGAUGACCACAGAAGAAAUUGGCUGCUGCUGGCGCCAAUUGUUGGACGGCUUUGCUUAUUUGCAGUCAAUGGGAAUUGCGCAUAGAGAUCUCAAGCUGGACAAUAUGGUUCUCGACGAUCGCGGUAUUGUUAAGCUUAUCGAUUUUGGCUGCGCAGUUGUCAUCAAAUAUCCCCACGAGAAAGAGUCCAGAAUGAGUAAAGGUAUCUGUGGAUCUGAUCCUUACAUCGCACCCGAGCAAUACAUCCAAACUGAAUAUGAUGCCCGCCUGACAGAUCUCUGGUCGAUUGGUAUCAUUUUUGUAUGUAUGACUAUCCGCCGGUUCCCCUGGCGCUUGCCUCGUCCUAGCCAGGACCAGUCAUACAAGAACUUCAUUACCCCUUCGACCCAAGGUGCAGCCCGUCUCUUCAAGAUGCUGCCCAAAGAGUCCCGCUCAAUUAUCCAACGCAUUCUGGAACCCAACCCACGGGAGCGCUGCACACUCGAACAGGUCAUGGAAGAUCCCUGGGUCAAGUCCCUGGCGAUGUGC